AUGUUUGGUUCUAUUUGGUCCUUGCUGCCUACCACGAAACGAUCAGCCAUACAUCCUCAAUGGAAAUCCGAUGGUAACCUCGAGAUGCAGGUGCCUCUCACAGCCCAGAGUAUCAAGAAUAAAACUUCUCUCGACAGCUUGCGUCAAUCACCGAAUAGCCGCCCGAAGACAAUGUCGAUAUUUGGGCUACCCAAACGUGCAGCCGAGAAGUAUCUAGGACCUCGUCUCACUGGAUGGCGAUUUGGCGUGCUGAACUUUGCGGUCUGGGCUUCAGUCGUCUUCUUCAUCAACUUCGUGGCCAUGGUAUCGGGUUUGGCUGCUACCUCUGGCGCCAAAGGCGUUCUCUUCGAUGGAGAUUGCGAUCGUGUCAAGAGACUUAAUACCGGGCUUCAUCUGGGCAUUAAUAUCUUGAGUACGAUCCUGCUAGCUGGGAGCAACUAUACAAUGCAAUGCUUAUCUGCUCCCACGCGAAGCGAGAUUGACUCCGCCCACAAUCGCAAGCCUGGCGUAUACCUCGAUAUUGGUGUACCUGGCAUACGCAAUCUCGGAUAUAUCAGUCGGCGCAGGGUUAUUCUUUGGGUCGCGCUUGGACUCUCGUCUCUACCACUGCAUCUCUUUUACAACUCUGCAGUGUUUGGUUCGGUAUCUUCGAACGGUUACUGGGUGUUCUCUGUCGGCGAAGCAUUUCUCCACGAUGAGCAGUGCACUAAUUGCUCAAACGAAGUCAUGCACCAGAAUGAUACCAAACCUCGCUUCACAGAUGGAGUUCCGAGGAAAACCGUGCUGGAAGCCAUCCCUGGGGAAAUUCCAAUGGCACUCGAAAGCCUCUGGAGCAAUGCGCGCGCAGGUACCCUAGAAAGGCUUGAGCCUGCUCAAUGCAUUGACGAAUACGCCACUAGCAUACAGUCCAAUCGAAAAAAUCUACUUCUUGUCUCUAGCGACGACAACUUCCCUUUGCCGAUGGAAAACUACUUUAUCCAUGGCUCUCAUGUAUAUUGGGCUGCCAAAUUUGAAGUAGGUGCUGCGGCGGAGUCUGCAGCAGCUAGUAAGGCAUUUCAGUGGGUAUGCUCCAUGUUGGACAAGAAGCACGAGUACUUGGCCACGCCAUGUUCAGUUGAGGUAGAGGAUGUCCGAAAGCAAAACUCGUGGCGAGUUGGAUGGCUUUGUGACAAACAAGGCCUUUGUGCCAUGUCACGUUCGCCAGUGGAAUACUGUCUAAGUGAGCUAGCUCAGCCCCACUGCAAACUCCAUUUUGAGCCUACUAUUGCAACCAUCAUCACGAUUCUCAAUCUCUGUAAGUUCAAUUCUCAAUUCCCGUGCCUACGCAGACGCAAUAGUACGAAGCAUACGAGUGUCGACUACCAAUACGAGAUCGAACCAGUUCUGAUCUUCCCCACAGUCAAAGCAGGCAUUAUGUUCUACGUCGCCUUCUGUGUUCACGAUGAGCCGCUCAUAACAAUGGGUGACGCCGUUGCCUCUUUUCUCGAUAAGAAAGACAUGGCCACUAAGAACAUGUGUUUGUCUACUCUAGCAGACUUUCAGGACCGCAAAGGAUACCAGAUGGGACCGCGGCAGUGGAGUGAUAAGAGGUAUCGCUGGAAGGACGUGACCAGUAAGUCGCGUAGAAUCACUACUGUAGUCAUAUUUCUACUCGCACUCAUUGUCGUCAGCUCGCUGCUCAAGAUGGGAAUAGACAAUCUACCCUCCGGGACGACAUUCAGCCAGUUUGGAUUCGGCGCCGUAGAUCCUGAGACAUCCAUCCAAUACAUGCCACCGGAUUUGAUUUCCAACGCCGUUAUCGCCAACACGCCCCAGCUGGUUCUCUCAUUUCUGUACUUCAAUUACAAUGCACUCUUCACCGCCAUGUUGAUGGGCUACGAAUGGGUCUCUUAUUCACGGAAGCGCAAAGGCCUUCGCGUAACUCGUCAGCCUUCCGGUGCUCAACGAUCCACAUACUUCCUCCAACUACCCUAUCGCUUCGGUAUACCUCUCAUGGUGCUCAGUGGCACGCUACAUUGGCUAGUAUCGCAAAGCAUCUUUCUGAUCGCCAUUGACUUCUACGAUGCCUUCGGAAAUCCAGGAACUGGUUCAACCUAUUUCGACUUUUCACUUGACUACAAGACUUUGGGUUAUUCGCCAACGGCCAUUAUCUCCGUGAUAGUGCUGGCUGGGCUUAUGGUCAUUAGCAUAGUUGCUUUCGGGUAUACACCAUACAAGCGCGGUAUGCCACUUGCAGGGAGCUGCAGUAUGGCCAUCAGUGCAGCUUGUCAUCCGAUGGAGCAAGUUGACGACAUUGAAAUUAUUGCCGAGAAGAAACUGCAGUGGGGUGUAGUCGGUACUGGGGUUGAUGGGCUGGGUCAUUGUGCUUUUUCGGCAGAAGACGUGGGACCAAUAGUGAAGGGGAGACUGUAUGGCGGGGAUUCGCUGUAG